AUGUCUCAAAAACAGACCGCCGCUGUGAUGGAGAAGUUCGGCCAGCCAUACAGAUUCAAGCAGAUCCCACAUCCAAAGGACCCCGAAGACCGCGAUAUUCUCAUCAAGGUCCUAGCCGCUUCAUACUGUCACACAGAUGCCGUCUUCGCCGCUGGUCUUCUCUCGCAGGACCUCCCUCGCAUUGGAUGCCAUGAGUUCGCCGGAGAAGUGAUUGCGCUAGGACCAAACGUGUCGAUCAGCCGUGGAGUUGCCGUGGGGACCAAGGUUGGAGUUCCAGGCAGGGCGUAUCACCCCUGUGGAGCUUGUUUUGAGUGUACACACCCUGGUCAGGACGACAUGGGAUAUUCUCCUUAUUGUCCUAGCGCUGAAAACUUGGGAUUGACCAGGGACGGUGGCUUCCAAGAAUAUUGCCUCGUGGACAGCCGGCAAGUCGUGGUCUUGCCCAAGAGUUUGCCACCAACACAAGCAGCACCAUUGAUGUGUGCUGGUCUCACCAUCUGGAGCGCCCUUCAUCACGAGAAAGUACAGAACUCUCAGCGAAUUGGGAUCAUCGGUGCUGGAGGUGGGCUAGGCCAUAUUGGCGUGCAGUUUGCAGCUCAUCUCGGCAAGGAGGUUCUGGCUAUCGAUGCCACAGACCAGGCCAUUGACUUGAUAAACAAGGUUAAGAAUAAUCUCGGAGAGGCUGGAAAGAGAGUAUACGUCGCAGAUGCCCGCCAAGGGGACUCGGAGGUGAUGAGAGCAAUGCUUCAGCCAGCCAACGACGCGCCACCUACGGAAGUUGGGCUCGACGCUGUCAUCCUUCUGCCCGAGUCGCAAAGGGCAUUUGACGCGGGGAUGAAACUCCUCAGAAACCACGGAGUGAUGGUAGUUGUGAGUUUUCCAAGUGAGAAGCUCCAAGUCAGCGCACAUGACCUCGUGUUCCGGGAUAUUGCGGUGGUUGGAAGUCUGGUGGGAAGAAACCACCAACUCCGGGAGAUGCUGCACUUUGUUGUGCAGAACAAGGUGACUGUUCAAGUCAAGACGUUUGCAUUCGACCGAUUGAAUGAGCUUCGAGGGCCUGAGCACCAUGCAGAGGGUGGAAAGCUAGUUAUUGAUAUGGGUCUUGAGAGAGCCAGUUAG